UGCUUCCGAUGGGUUCGAGCGCUUAUGAGACGGACCCGCGCGGGCUGCCCCUCGGCGCGACCCUCGGGAAGGAAAGGAAAACAGGAGAGACCCGCGCACCGGCCCGCAACGCGCCCCCACGGCCCGCGAGCACGGACCUGCGCCAGCGGCCGCGCUUUCGUCGGGGAGACGUCGGCGGCGCGGCGCGCCGUGCGUCACGGCGCAAAUCCGCUGCGCCCGCCCCGCCCGGCCGCGCGCCGUUGCCAGGGAGACGACGGCGGCCGCGGCCAUGGAGCCGAGGGUGGUGAAGCCGCCCGGGCAGGACCUGAUGGUGGAGCGCCUCAAAAGGCGCUACGGCGUAUGGGGCGGCUGCCCCGCCGAGCCCGGGCGCCGGCGGCCGGACGUGGCGGAGUGGCGACGGCGGCCUCCCUGCACCCCAGUGAGCAGCCUCUGCAGUCGUCUUUCCUGUUCACAGAGGACUUCGGUUUCUGCUCACGUGGAGAUGAAGCUGGUCCGUCGCUGAGAUGUUACUCUGAUGAGAGGAGGCGCGGCCCCGCAUCCCCCCGUGGUGCCCUCAAGCGUGGGACCGUCAGAUGGCAAGAUGAGGAACUGGAUUCUUUUCAAGAUUUAAAACAACGGGAAACAGAAGAAGAGUUCAUUGGGAAUGAUCAUAGGGUUAGUACCUCCGAAAUAAACAAGCAGUCUUUUAAACAGAUAAACAAAGUUGCUGAACCAACUAAUUUGGCCUCAGAUUCAAGGAACUGGACUGACCGUUGCAGUGACGCUAGUGAGUCUCCUUUGAAACGUGUCAGCUCCCCAGCGUCCAGAGCCUCAAACAAGCAGGGUGUGCUUCCACGUCAGGUCAACCAGAUCUACGAUGAGUUACUCCAGAUACACCAGAAACUGCAGUGUGGAACUGCAGCACAACAGCAAUUUGCUGAAGAGCUUCAAAAGCGAGAACGUUUUCUGGCUGAGAGAGAAGAGCUGCUUUUCAGACAUGAAAGUGCCUUGAAUAAAAUUAAAGGUGUCAAAGAAGAGGCUCUUACAAGGUUCCAGAUCUUGAAGGAGCAACAUGAUGCAGAAGUUGAGCGCUUAACUGAAGUUCUUAAGGAAAGAAAUAAAGAAAGCAGGAGGCUAAGGUCCUCUUUUGAUGCAUUGAAAGAAUUGAAUGAUAGCUUAAGAAAACAGUUAAAUGAAGUAAGUGAAGAAAACAGGAAGUUGGAGGUUCAGGCUAAGAGAGUUCAAGCUCGUUUAGAUAAUUUACAGAGGAAGUAUGAGUUUAUGACAAUACAGAGAUUGAAAGGAAAUCCCCACGCCGCUCACGAAGCAAAAAGUUUAAAACAGGAAAAAGUACCAGUUUCAAAACCUCAUAAGGUACCACUUAAUGGACAAGUUUAUGAACUUUUAACUGUCUUCAUGGACUGGAUUUCGGAUCAUCACCUUAGCAGAUUGAACCAUGAAGAAUCUGGAAUGGAUGGUGAAAAGACACUACCCACAUUUGCUUCUCAGAGAAAUGAUAUUCAGGAGAAGUGUGUGAAGCUUUUGCCUGUGAUGACAGAGCAGCUACAGUGGAUGCCUUUUGUGAAUGCCAAGCUUCACGAGCCUUUUGUAAAGUUUAUAUAUUGGUCUCUAAGGCAGCUCGAUGCCGGAACACAGCAUUCGACUAUGACGUCAACAUUGAGGCGACUGGGUGAAGACAUAUUCAAAGGAGUAGUGACCAAGGGCCUUCAGGGUAAUUCUUUCGCGCAUUCUGGGGAGAGUAAACCAAAGACAGCUGCUUUCUUUAAGAGCUCCAGUUUACCACUGAGAUUUUUAUCAACUUUAAUUGUUCUCAAAACAGUCACACAAGCCGACUACCUGGCGCAGGCGUUUGACUCUCUGUGUCUGGACUUGAAGGCGGAUGAAGGGAAGAGCCUGUUCUUGGAGUACCAGGCGGUCCCGGUGGUGCUGAGCCACCUGAAGAUUUCCAGCAAAGGGCUCCUGUCCUGCGUCGUCGACAGCCUGCUGCAGAUGACAGUGGAAUCCAGGUUCCUGCAGCCCUUCCUGCAGGUGUGCAGCUGCUCCCUCUUCUUCCGAACCUGCUCGGUGCUGCUCCGGGGCCCGAAGCUCGACCUCCACAUCCUAGAGAAGCUCAGCAUCAUCCUACAGAAACUGUCCAAAAUCAAGAGUAAUAAGAAGCUCUUUGAACUCUUUACAGUUCAUCUGAUGCUUCAAGAAAUACAAAGGACGACACAUCCAGAGCACGCAUUUCUCUGUAUUAACCUGAAUUCAACUCUGUUCAAUUUGGGUUUAACAAAAUGCAGCUCCCUGGCCGCCAGUACAAACCCUUAGGCUGGCUCGUUAUUAUUUAUAGGUAUUACCUAUGUGUUGCUACUUGUAAGACUGUAAAAAUCACCAAAGUAACGACCAAGUAAAGUUAUGAGUAGCAUCAUUUAUCAUGAAAAAUGGAAAAAUUCUUUUAACCUUUAAAAUGGAACCUGUAGAAGCUGUGGAAUGUGGAUUUUUUCCAUUCAGCUAAGGUGGUACUAAUGUACACGAUGGAAUUUUCAGGGUUAAUGAGCCUGGAGUUACGUUUUGUAAAAAUGUUUUAGGAAAAUUCUUUGGAAUAAAUUGGCGUUCAUGUGGGAACAAGGUUA